CUAAAAUAGACAGAUCGGAGCACGAAUCAUUAGCAAUAGCAGGGAGAGGGGCCCUGCUGAUGUGCAUCAAUCAGGAAAGUACCAUCAGACACAGAAUUUACAAGAUUUUUUUUUUUAACCAAAAUGUGAGUCUUGGUGCACAAGUUUAUGAGCAAAUUGGGCUGUUUCUAUGUUCUGACACUGGAAACAACUGGUAAAGGCAACUCAUGAGCACCUGAAGGUACAGACUGAGCUUACAGAUGUCUCUCCAGAAUGUCUCACUUUCAGACUUACUGCACAUAGCAAUUUUGGCUUCCAUACUUCCUCUUAUCAUUUACUGGCUCAUCAGAGACAGAUACAGAGCAAGAAACCUGAAUGGAAAGCAUGUCUUCAUAACAGGCUGUGACACUGGACUUGGAAACUCACUGGCUAAAUGGCUUGACAAAAAGGGAUUUUGUGUCAUUGCUGCAUGUACCACAGAAAAAGGAAGCCAACAGCUACAGUCCUGCUCUUCACUCUCACUGAAGACAGUGAAUCUGAACUUAGCAGACUCCAACAGCAUUGCCAGGGCUGUGGAGUUUGUGACUGAACAGACAGCUGGCAAGGGGCUUUUUGGCUUGGUGAGCAAUGCUGAAGGAACAGCACCUGUAGGACCCACCGAUUGGCUGAGGAUUGAAGACUUCCGUUCAGUCCUGGAUGUUAGCCUGCUGGGAUUGAUUGAAAUCACACUCAAGCUUCUGCCACUUCUGAAAAAAGCUGAGGGAAGAGUCAUCAAUCUAAUUAAUGCCAAAGGCCUCAUGGCUUUUGUAGGGGGUGGCUACAGUCUGUCCAAAUGGGGCAUGGAAGCUUUUUCUGACACCUUACGGAUAGAGAUGCAGCAUUUUGGAGUGAAAGUAAGCACUGUUGAGCAUGGUUUCUUUAAGGCAGAAGUAGUUCAUUCAGAUAUCAUUGAGAAAUACGUCUUCAAACUUUGGAACAGACUGACUCCUGAGAUCAGGGACUCCUAUGGAGAAAAAUACUUAGUUGAAUAUAUAAAAGCCCAAAGAUCAUCAGUGGAAAGACUGUGUGACUAUGAUAUUUCUAAUGUCAUAAAAUGUAUGGAACAUGCCCUGAUAGCAAAGUACCCCAGGACACGAUACAGAGCUGGAUGGGAUGCAAAGUUCUUCUGGCUGUUUCUCUCCUAUGCCCCAAGCUGUUUGUCUGACAUGCUGUUGCAUAUUACAUUUCCAGUUCCAGCAGACAGCAGGAGAUCAGCUCAUGGAGUUCUAAUUAAUGUCUAGUAUUGAAACAGUAUCAGCUCUGCUGAAAUAAAUAUUUAUCCUAUCAAAA